AUGUAUUACCAUGUAUUACUAUGUGUUACCAUGUAUCGCCAUGUACUGCCAUGUAUCGCCAUGUAUUACCAUGUAUUGCGAUGCAUUGCCAUGUAACGCAAUGUAUUACCAUGUGCUGCCAUGUAUCGCCGUGUAUUACCAUGUAUUGCCAUGUAUUACCAUGUAUUGCGAUGUAUUGCCAUUUAUCGCAAUGUAUUACCAUAUGCUGCCAUAUAUUGCCAUGUAUUACCAUGUAUUGCCAUGUAUUGCCAUGUAUCGCCACGUAUUAUUAUGUAUAGCCAUGUACUGCGAUGUAUCGCCAUGUAUUACCAUGUAUUGCCAUGUAUUACCAUGUAUUGCCAUGUAUUGCCAUGUAUCGCAAUGUAUUACCAUGUGUUGCUAUGUAUUGCUAUGUAUUACCAUGUGCUGCCAUGUAUCGCCAUGUAUUGCCAUGUAUUACCACGUAUUGCGAUGUAUUGCCAUGUAUCGCAAUGUAUUGCCAUGUGCUGCCAUGUAUUGCCAUGUAUUAACAUGUAUUGCCAUGUAUUGCCAUGUAUCGCCACGUAUUACCAUUUAUUAUAUAGACACGAGUGUUUUACUGGAAAAUAUACCACUCGUAAAAUUCAUAAAAACUACAUCCGGGACCCGAGUGGUUUAAUUUCCAUAAUCUCACACGUGAGUUUAUCGAUGAUUUCAUUGAUAUCAAGUUUGUCUCUUAAAUUGUACUUGAAUUCGUUGGUGUAUCAUCGAAACAUCUUCGGGUCUUCCUCGAAAGUCUUCGAAAAUCUUCGGAAAUCUUCGGACAUCUUCGGAAAUUUUCGGAAAUUCUCGGAAAAUCUUCGGGAACGUUCGUCUGGCCUUCGAACAAUUUUGGAAAAUCUUCGGAAAUCUUCGGAAGGUGGUCGGAAAUCUUCGGAAAAUCAUCAAAAACGCCGUCAUUAGCAUGUCUAUAUAAUAAAAAGAACAUCACACGGCGGCUUGAAGAUAUGAAUUUUAUUUUCUCGUGGCAAAAACAAUAUUUUACGAACGAGCGCAGCGAGUGAGUAAAAUAUUGUUUUGUCACGAGAAAAUAAAAUUCAUAUCUUCGCGCCACCGUGUAAUAUCCUCUAUGUAUUUCCAUGUAUCGCCAUGUAUUAUCAUGUAUUGCUAUGUAUUGCCAUGUAUUGCUAUGUAUAGCCAUGUAUUACCAUGUACUGCCAUGUAUUACCAUGUAUUAUCAUGUCUCACCAUGUAUUACUAUAUAUUACCAUGUAUUGCCUUGUAUUACCAUAUAUCACCAUGUAUUGCCAGGUAUUACCAUGUAUUGCCAUGUAUAGCCAUGUAAUGCUAUGUAUAGCCGUGUAUAGCCAUGUAAUGCCAUGUACAGCUAUGUAUUACGGUGUAUUACCAUGUUUUACCAUGUAUUACCAUGUAUUACCAUGUAUUGCCAUGUAUUCCUAUGUAUUAUUAUGUAUCACCAUGUAUUACCGUGUAUUAUUGUGUAUCACCAUGUAUUGCCAUGUAUUACCAUGUAUCGCCAUGUAUUACCAUGUAUAGCCACGUAUUGCCAUGUAUAGCCAUGUAUUACCAUGUACUGCCAUGUACAGCCAUGUAUUGCCAAGUACUGCCAUGUUUAGCCAUGUAUUGCCAUGUAUUACCAUGUAAAGCCAUGUACUGCCAUUUAUCGCCGUGUAUUACCAUAUAUUACCAUGUUUUGCGAUGUAUUACCAUGUUUUGCCAUGUAAUGCAAUGUAUAGCCAUGUAUUGCCAUGUAUCGCCACAUUAUUAAUUAUACUGUGAAUUUACGGGCGAGUCAGUGAUGAAAUUUUUGCCGGCUUAGUUGUCCUGAAUUUUUAAAUAAAUUUUAUGCCUUUAAAAUUGUUAUAAAUGUUUUCAAAUAAAGAGGUUCUGAAUGGAUGUUUUCUUGAAAUAUUCACUGUUCUUUACGCAUGUACGAAUGCCGAUUUGAAUUUAACAGUAUAAGAGGGAACUACUAAGGGACUCAUUUUUCAACUGAAUAAUCAAUUUAUUAAUAGAAUCUAGGGAGGUAUGUUUGAAAUGUCCAGACUUUGACAAUAGUGUAUUUGAUUCAUUGGUCCUGGUGGUGGACUUAACCCUCCCCUCACAGCCAUCCUCUCCACGCAUUUAUUUAUGUUUUCAGCGAGUCACUUCGAUUCAGUACAGGAAUUGAUAGUUCUGCAACGUGUGGAAAAAUUGAUGUUUUCGAAACGCCAACAUCGGCUAAAAAAACAUAUAUAUAUAUGUAUAGUAUAUGGCCUCGAUCUUCAUGAGUUCUCAGUAGUUCAAAGUGGAUAGAGAGCGUUCGCCUGGUGUAUGGGAGGUCAUAUGUAUGCAUCUUGUUGGGGACUCAGAUGUUAUACGAAACUUAUAACUUCAACUGCGCUUAACGAGCGUAACUUUCAAAACAGCUGCUCCACAAAAUGUCACUGAUAACGCGUAACGCAAAAGGUAAACGAAGUAUGACCAAAAAAUCUACCAAUUUGCGGUCCCUUCGGGAUUUUCUGUCUUAACUACGGGCGCAAACAAAAGAAAACGUUAACCCCCUAUCCCUUGCGGCCCCUAUCUAUAAAAGAAAUCGAUAUUUUUUUCUGGUAUACUGACUAUAAAUAACAACUGUAAGUACUUUCCGUAAUAAACGGGCGAGCUAAUAGAGCGCUUCCUCGGAAUUUCGCUUUUGGGCGAAAUCCCUGCUCUUCAGGGCCAAUAAGUUCUUAACUGACUUUCAACGAGGGUAUUUUCUAAAGUGACGAAUGGCACUUGAAUAUCUUUGUCAACUAAAAUCCGUUUACAAUACUGAAAGAACGUUGCCCUCCCCAAAAAACUGUAUUUUCAUUCGGAAAAAAAGCCUUUUCUUGGGCUACCCCUGAACUAUGUAACAGACAAAAAAAAGACUUUUCAAUUCACCGACUUUAAUCCAACUUAAGACAUACAUAGUCAAUAUAUGGCUACACAUGGCAAUACAUAGCAAUACAAGGUAAUAAAUAGCAAUACAUAGCAAUACAUGGCUAUACACGCAGUACAUGUCAAUACAUGUAAUACAUGGGAGUACAUCGCUGUACAUGACAGUACAUGGCUAUACAUGGCAUUACAUGGCAAUACAUGGCUAUACAUGGCAAAACAUAGUAAUACAUGGUAAUACAUAGUAGAGCGGUUUUCACUUGACUGUCGAAAGUAAUUGGUUUUGGUUUUGGUUUUGGUUUUACUACGCCCUUUGGUUGGCUAGUGUAUUCACUUUGGUUUUGGUUUCACGACAGUCAAGUGAAAACCGCUCUAAUACAUGGCAAAACAUGGUAAUACGUGGCGAUACAAAGCAAUACAUGGCUAUACAUGGUAAAACAUGGCAAUACAUCGUAACACAUAGUAAUACAUGGCAAUAUAUGGCAAUACAUGGCUAUACAUGGCAAUACGUGGCAAUGCAUGGUAAUACAUAGUAAUACAUGGUAAUACAUGGCGAUACAUGGCAGCACAUGGUAAUACAUGACGAUACAUUGCAAUACAUAGUAAUACAUGGCAAUACCAGGCAAUACAUGGCUAUACAUGGUAAUACAUGGCAAUACCUGGUAAUACAUAGUAAUACAUGGCAAUACAUGGAAAUACAUGGCUAUAAAUGGCAGUACAUGGUAAUACAUGGCUACACAUAG